AUGGAGGGAAUGGAAGGAGAUAACAGUGGAAGGGGCGAGGGAAGCAGCAGAUACACUCUCAAACCCUUGCGAAUUUUGAAUGAAGAUAUUCUCAUCUGCAUCGACAUCGAUCCUCAGUGUCUCGUCGAGAUGAAAGGAGCAACUGGACCCAAUGGCAGACCCCUCACCAGAUUGGAUUCCAUCAAGCAGGCCAUCAUUCUCUUUGUCAAUGCCAAACUCACCAUCAAUCCCCAACACCGUUUCGCAUUUGUUACUCUCUCCAACACCCUCUCUUGGGUGCGAAAAGAAUUCAGCAGUGAAAUUGACUCGACAAUAGCAGCAAUGCGGGGUGUUUCAGCUUCUUCUUCCACCGGUCCACCCGAUCUCACUAAUUUGUUCCGGCUUGGGGUUCAUGAAGCCAAGAAAUCCCGUGUGCAGGGUCGCAUUUUUAGAGUUAUUCUGUUUUAUUGCAGAUCAUCAGAGCGACCUCAGCAUCAGUGGCCGGUGAACCAGAAGUUAUUCACUUUGGAUGUGAUGUACCUUCAUGACAAGCCUGGACCUGAUAACUGCCCGCAGGAGGUUUAUGAUACACUGGUGGAGGCACUUGAACAUGUCAGUGAAUAUGAGGGGUACAUCUUGGAGAGUGGACAGGGGUUGGCACGUGUUCUGUUCCGUCAUGUGCUUAUACUACUGUCCCAUCCUCAGCAGCGAUGUAUCCAGGAGUAUGUUGACAUACCAAAGUCAAUAACAAAGAAAGUUCCUCAGGUGGAACCUAUGACCACUGAAGAUAGUGUUCCCAUAGCCAGCCAAUAA